GGGCCGGCCCGCUCCCGCGCGUCUGCACAGAUGGCGGCGCUGGCGGUGGUGGCCAAGAAGCUGUGGAGCCGGCGGCGGCUGCUGGUGCUAGCGGUCACGCCGCUGGCGCUGCUGCCGGUGGUCUUCGCCCUCCCGCUCAAGGAAGGCCGCUGUCUGUUUGUCAUCCUGCUCAUGGCGGUGUACUGGUGCACGGAGGCCCUGCCCCUCUCGGUGACGGCCCUGCUGCCCAUCACCCUCUUCCCCCUCCUGGGCGUCCUGCGGUCCAGCGUGGUCUGCCCCCAGUACUUUCUGGACACCAACUUCCUCUUCCUCAGCGGUCUGAUCAUGGCCACCGCCAUCGAGGAGUGGAACCUGCACCGGAGAAUCGCCCUCAAGAUCCUGAUGCUCGUUGGGGUCCAGCCGGCCUGGCUCAUCCUCGGGAUGAUGGUGACCACGUCCUUCCUGUCUAUGUGGCUGAGCAACACCGCCUCCACCACCAUGAUGCUGCCCAUCGCCAUCGCCAUCCUGAAGAAUCUCUUUGGCCAGAAGGAGACCCAGAAGGACCUCAACUGGGAGAGUGAAGAGAACGCAGCUGCUGCGCACGCCAAAGGCCUGCAGACCGUGCCCACGGAGAUGCAGUCUCUUGCCAGCGCAGAAGACAAAGACUGCCGCGAGGAGGCAGAGGCUCCGUUGGAUCUUCCAGCUGGCUCCACCAGAGAGGAGGAACGUCGCAGAAACAUCUGGAAGGGCUUCCUCAUCUCCAUCCCCUACUCAGCCAGCAUCGGGGGCACUGCCACUAUCACAGGCACGCCCCCCAACCUCAUCCUGCUUGGUGGGCUCAAGAGCUUCUUCCCCAAGUGCGACGUGGUGAAUUUCGGCUCCUGGUUCAUUUUCGCCUUCCCGCUCAUGGUGCUGUUCCUGCUGCUGGGCUGGCUCUGGAUCUCCUUCCUGUACGCGGGGAUGACCGUGAGGGGCUGGAGGAAGAAGAAAUCGGCGGUCAGAGCUGGUGCAGAAGACAGGGCUCGGGCUGUGAUUCAGCAGGAAUUCCAGAAUCUGGGACCCAUGAAGUUUGCGGAACAGGCCGUUUUCAUCCUUUUCUGCUUGUUCGCCAUUCUGCUCUUCUUCCGGGACCCGAAGUUCAUCCCCGGCUGGGCCAGUCUCUUCCCUGCUGGGUUUACUUCUGAUGCUGUCACUGGCGUGGCUGUUGUCACCGUCUUGUUCUUCUUCCCAUCCCAAAGGCCCUCUCUCAAGUGGUGGUUUGACUUGAAAGCGCCCAACACGGAGACGGAGCCCCUGCUGACGUGGAAGAAGGCCCAGGACACCAUCCCCUGGAGCAUCCUCCUCCUCCUGGGCGGGGGCUUCGCCAUGGCCAAAGGCUGUGAGCAGUCCGGGCUGUCCAUAUGGAUCAGCGACCAGCUGCACCCGCUGGAGAACCUGCCGCCCAUGCUGGCCGUCCUGAUCGUCACCUCGGUCGUCAUCUUCUUCACCGAGUUUGCCAGCAACACGGCCACCAUCAUCAUCUUCCUGCCCGUCCUGGCGGAGCUGGCCGUCCGCCUGAGAGUGCACCCCCUGUACCUGAUGGUCCCUGCCACGGUGGGCUGCUCCUACGCCUUCAUGCUCCCGGUCUCGACGGCCCCCAACUCGAUCGCCUUCGCCUCUGGACAUUUGCUGGUCAAAGACAUGGUGCGGGCUGGCUUCCUGAUGAACCUGAUGGGUGUCCUGCUGCUCAACGUGGCCAUCAACACGUGGGCGCAGACCAUCUUCCAGAUGGGCACCUUCCCAGACUGGGCCCACGACCACCUGGCCAACGUCACGGCGCUGCCCACUGCGUCCGUGGCCAACGGCACACUCGGGACCCUCUGAGUCCUCCCCGGAGACUCCCCUCGGCCCGGGCCCGCCCAGAAGGCCCUGCCACCACCUGCUGUUGGGAUCCGACAGGACUUUGCAGCUGCACUCCGAGAUCCAGUGAGCAGCGAGGAAGGGUGGCCUCCAGUCCUCCCCUUGGGUCGACACGUUCAUUAUCUAGGACUCCUUCUCCUCUCCCGUGCAGUUCCGGGCCCAGGCAUUUCUCAAACUUGCUUCCGGAGAAACACGCUCCUUUCUCUCUGAGCCAGCAUGUGGUUGGGAUGCAAGAGAGCCCGACGUCGGCAACAAUAAGCAACUCCAGGAUGGCACUUGUCCCGAAUGGUUGGUGCGGGAAGCUCUCCAUCCCCAGGGGCCCAGCUAACAUUCCCCACUGGCUUCUGUAGGUUGCACUCGGGAGAGGGCCUCCUACCUUCAGGGGUCACCUUCCCCAGAGAGGCUUUUGGGUGGCAGCGUUCCUUCCGGUCCCCUCACUCCAGCUGCUCGCCGCUGGCCCCUGCUCUGUUCAGCUGGGGCGCAUUCUGCACCAACUGUUUGGCCAUGUUGCCUGCCGACACCCAGCAGCAGGCAGGGGAACUUCCAGUCCAUGGAGACACGCACGGGGAGGGACGGUGACAUCCUGAGGACACAGGAGACUGUGCCAAGCCUCCUUGCUGUCUCUCUGGGUUCCCAAGCGCAUCGGGGGCACUCUAGAAACCCCCACUGACAUCUCUGUCCAAGCUUGAGGAUUCUCCUGUUUCAUCGGAUUCAGUUCGCCCGUGAUUCUGGAGUUGGGCCAGGCCCCUGCCAGGCCCCUGCUGCGUGUGACCCACAUGGCCUUUGUGGCUGCUGCGCACUUAUCAGCGGGUCAUUACAUCCCCAAGCUGCCCCGAGUGGUAAGCAUAUUUGAUUAGCAAAGGCCACAUUUUUCAGGGGUGAGAUUAAAGUCAAAAGAGAAACUGGGGUCUUGAGAAGAGCGGGUCAAAUGUCUCAGGCAGGCAAAUAUCAUAAUCCUCCUCUACAGAGGGGCACCCUGGGACUUUCCAUGAGCCAGUGGCUGGCGGGGGCUCUCCUGGGGGGUUGAUUACUCCUGGUUCCCAGGGGAAACCUCUGAGCACCUCCAGUGAGCUGCGCAGUACCAGGCCGGGCGGAUGCUCCGGCCGUGUCUGUGGCAUGAAUGAGAGGCCCAGCAUCGGCACCACCCCCAUGCCUCGCCCCGCCUCACCCCGCACCUGUGAGGGAUGAGGCUCCCUGAGCAGCUGCGUGGGCCGGGGGUCAGUUCCCCGAGACUGAGCUCACCCUCUGUUCAGCAGGAGUGAGUCAUGGGUGUUUCCCUGGAAGCAGGGGGGAGGCUGGAGGAGAGGCCUCUGAGCUGGAGAAUGAGCACCCCACCCUUCCCACAGGAGUAGACCUUCAGUACUUAGUCACAGUUACAGCCCCUGGGGGGCGGGGGAGGGGAGACAUUCACGCACAGAGAAACCCAUGGGACUGGUAACCAGAUGAAACAUGAUUUCAAAUACUUCUGAUCAAAAAUGCUAUAAAAUAAAGAAUGUGAAUCAA